UGUAUCAAAGUGACGAAUCAGAGGAGGAGUGAACUUCAGCUCGGCAUGACUAUAUCAGGGCGUGUGUGCGGGGAGGGCACUGGGGCGACAUCUGAACCGCACUCGCGCUCGUAAUUAGCGUCAAAAAGCAAUCCCGGACUCCGAUCAAUGAGACAAAGGGGCUUUGAAACAACACGUGAAAUGCAAAAAUGUGAUCUUGACCGACUGCUCCGCUGGAUAGGAGAGCAGCUGCUGCCGCUGCGCAGAUGACAGACUUCAUGACGGCGCUCCCGGUCGUCCUCGUCCAGUCCACAUGUCCCGGACACCAGCGAGCGAGAGGCAUCCAGUUCCAGUCGACCUGUAGCCUGUGCCGAGAGAGUCACAAAACUCAGGUCUGGCUUUGUUUCUUUGUUCUGAGCUUCUUGAGUGCAUAUACGUGUUCUGCUUCUGUGACUGAUACAGAACACCUACAGAUUUGCUUGGAAAAGUUGAUUCACACCAUUGAGAAAUCUGAUGCAAUGCUGUAUGCUCCGUCAGCUAAUGACAUUAAAGAGAACUGUAUAAAUGUGUCACUCAGAUGUUACAUGUUGGAGCUGAUAAUGGUCAUCGAUGAAGAGGAAAUUGUGGACAAUAACGUUGAUUGCAUCAUUGAUUUUAACGAACAGCUUAUAGUGGAUCCUGUUGGCUGUCCACCAUGUGAAGCAUACUCACUUAAAAAUAUUACAGUAUUCCUGGAAAGGCUAAAUAACCUUUUGGAAGAGAGGAACGUACAACAGAAGACUUCUGACAUGUGAAAUGAUGUAAAUAAUAUAAGCUAUGAAUGUGUAUUUGUAUAGAUUUGUAAAGACUUGUGGCUCUUAUUUUGUCCAUUUGUGACGAACCAAGCUGUCCUGUAUUGUAUACUCGCUGAGUUUGAUGUGUAAUAUAACAGUGACUACAUGUCACUGCAUGUUUCUGUGUCACUGUGUCAGACUCUGCCUUUCAGUUGUAGUUUUGAAAGGCGUGUCAUGAAGUAUCAUACAGUAGCAGCAUGUUCUGUAUAUAUAAGAAUGUACAUUAUUAAGCUCAUUGCUAAACAUUGCUCAAUAUAAUACCUAUUAUGCACUAUACGCCUCAUCAAUUCCUUUAUCAUAAGAACUGUUGCUAACCCUAGUAAAUAAUAUCCCAAUUUCAUUUUAUUUCCUUUUUCUGAUUCUUGUUUGUUAAAGGUGUUUAAAAUAAUCAUAUAUAUAUAUAUAUAUAUAUGGUAAACACUUAUGUUUAUAUUUGAUGUUAGUGGGCAUUCAGACUGAAAACAACCCAAGCAGCUGGCUGUGUUGGUCUUGUUUCAUAUACCAGAUUGACAUGUAAUAUGAUACAGAAAGCCUGCUCUGAGUAACAGACCCAUGAGUUCAAAGAUUAUCAGACACCAAACCAACUCUGGAAAGUUAUCGCAGUGGCAGUAACGCUACUUUUCAAUCACGAGGUAAACUGUAGAAACACAGUACUCAUGUUACAAAAGUAUUCUACCGGGUAUGUGUGCUCGGAUGUAUUUCUUGACAGCUGAAUGAUGUUUUUUGUUGUUGUUUUUGGAAGCCUGCAAUGUCCAAGUUGUGCACCUCUGCACAGGUCCAUUCAAAAGAAUAAGGGUGUGUCUGUGUUUUUGUUUUUUUUGUUCCCUGUGAGCCAACCAUGUUUGUUUGUUAGCAGUCUUCUUCACUUAACUGCACCAUGUGUUCACACAAGCACGUGUCCUCUUGCACGAUAAGCACAAAAUCUUGACCCAAUCUUGAAAACGUUGGUCCACAGCAGCAGGUCACAAGCAUUAAAAGUCGAGAAAAUGAU